GGCAGGGCGGGGCGGGCAGGCUGUAGACACUGAGACACCGUGCGGCAGGGAGUGCACCGAGGGCUCCGCCACCGAGUCCCUGCCAGCUCCUGCCCUGACUUGGCGGACAUUUCUAUCAGCGCUAAGUGGUAAAGGAAUACCUUUCAGGAUGCCCUUGGGAGAGGAUGGGCCAAGCUGGAAGAAGAGAGCGGAAGACAUACGCGAUAUUUAUGAAUUCCGGGAUGUGUUGGGGACUGGGGCGUUUUCAGGAGGUGGUCCUAGCAGAGGAGAAGAAGACCCAGAAACUAGUCGCCAUAAAAUGCAUCCCCAAGAAAGCUCUGGAGGGGAAGGAGACUAGCAUCGAGAACGAGAUAGCGGUGCUGAGAAAGGUCAAACAUGCAAACAUCGUGUCUCUGGAGGAUAUAUACGAAAACCGCAGUCACUUGUACCUCAUCAUGCAACUGGUGUCUGGGGGCGAACUCUUUGACAGGAUCGUGGAGAAAGGAUUCUACACCGAGAAAGAUGCCAGCCAGCUCAUCAAGCAGAUCUUGGACGCUGUGAAAUACCUCCAUGAUAUGGGCAUCGUACAUCGGGAUUUAAAGCCGGAGAACCUCUUAUACUACAGCUUGGAUGAAGACUCCAAAAUCAUGAUCAGCGAUUUUGGGCUAUCGAAAAUUGAAGGCUCUGGAAGCGUCAUGUCUACCGCCUGUGGGACACCGGGAUAUGUUGCUCCAGAAGUUCUGGCCCAGAAGCCGUACAGUAAAGCCGUGGACUGCUGGUCGAUCGGAGUCAUCGCAUACAUUUUAUUGUGUGGUUACCCCCCUUUCUAUGAUGAAAAUGAUGCCAAACUCUUCGAGCAGAUCCUGAAAGCGGAAUACGAGUUCGAUUCCCCAUAUUGGGACGACAUUUCAGACUCGGCAAAAGAUUUUAUACAGCAUUUGAUGGAAAAGGAUCCUAAUAAGCGGUACACGUGUGACCAGGCGCUGCAGCAUCCGUGGAUUGCGGGAGACACCGCCCUGGAUAAGAAUAUUCACGAAUCGGUCAGCGAGCAAAUCAGGAAGAAUUUUGCCAAAAGCCGAUGGAAGCAAGCCUUUAAUGCCACGGCUGUGGUACGUCACAUGCGCAAAUUACAGCUGGGGACCAGUCAGGAAGGGCCGGGGCAGACCACUCCAACCAGUCCGUGCCAUGGGAACUUAUUGGUUCCUGGAGACAAUCAUGCUCAGCUGAUCCCCUCUGAACAUCCACUAAGUUCCUAAGGCUCCCUUUCAGACAGCUGUCAGGACCGCUGUUCCCAGAAGACCCCAGAGAACAACUCCUUGGCCUACAGCACCCACCACUGCCCUCAAUCGAACCGGGUCUAAAGGUUGACAGCCUGGGAUAUGAUGUCACUGGAAAAAUCGGAGGCGGCCAUACUGAGCGUUACCCUGGUUGGCCGAACGCAAAGGGCAGAUCUUCAAGAGAGGACAGACCUUACCUAUCAAACAACGGGGGGUGGGACAUGGGUAGAGAGGGUACCGAGCGAAGGGGGGAAGGGCAGGCCUAACAAUAUGCUUAUGUGUAUGAUGGAAUGAGCAUGGGCCUGAUGGAAAGACCGAAACGUUUACAGGUAGUCCAAGGACGUCCUUCUUGUUAAGAAAAAAUUUUUUUGUAAAAUGUUGCCUGCACAUUGUAUGUAGGGGGAGGGAAGUAUGUACAUUUCUAUGUCUUGAGGUGAAGACUCUUUGCUGCUGUAUUACUUGGCUUCCAGUAAAAACUCUGUCGCUACUAGGAAGAGCUUGAGGUCAUGAAAAAUCGUUGUUGUAGGGGGGGGGGGGGGGAGACAGACCAUGGAGUCUCCCUAGUGGUGGGACCCGAAAGGUAAUCCCUAGAUGAUGGUGGGAAAAGGGGUUGACGUUGGUGAAAGUUCUCCUUGUUCUUCCAGGCCUUGAGCAGAUCCUCAGCUUAUUCUCGGAGGAGCGUAAUAACACAAAGGAUACUAAAGCGCCCGACACUUCUCACGAGGCCUCCUAGGUCAUUUCUUUUGGCGUUUUUGCUGAUUUUGUUAUGUGGUUUUUAGUGGUGGAAAAAUGCGAAAUGUUCUUUGUAAACUUUAGAAAUUUUUAGUUUUUUUUAGGAAGACAUCUGCUAGGCCGAGCAGUAUUACAACCCGACACGGGUGGAUAUUACUGGAUGAGAUACUGGAUAUGUGAAUGUAUUUUACUGCAGGUCAAUGUCAGGAACUUCUACACCCCCCUUCCUCCUCCUCCUCCUCCCCGAGGCCUCGAAUACUAUAGUCUCCUGUGGGCUAUUACUACGGUCUGGUGCCUGCUGGGUUGUCCACUACUGUGGUUGUUAGUGGACCUUCAGACUUGGUGUAAAAAUCAUCUUUUGGUGGCUCAGUAGUUUGGUAGUUUGUCAUGAUUUUGUCCUUGCCGUCCUUGCUUGUGGUGGGCUUGUGCUUGUGUCCAGCAGCCAAUCAGAUUAGGCAGAGCUGCAGAGGGGAGGGACAGAGCCUGUGAUAAAACAGGAGGUGGAUUUCAGACUACCUCAGACUCCAUUGAUCAUAGCUGAACCCUAACGGGGGCAAAAGCUUAAAGUGAAAGCAACCAUCACCAUUGACUGUACAUCACAGCCAAGCGUUACCCAGACUUAGGCCCAGAACUGGACAUCCCCUUUAAGGACCAGCUUUAAAAGGACUGUGAUCGGUGUUCUCUUUAUUCAUAAUUGGGUAUGUACACAAAGGAACUAUAUUUUACACAGAGUCCUUAUAAACUUUGUACACCCGUAACAGGUGUGUAGUAAGUUACCCCCCCCCCCCCCCCACUUAAUUAGUGGUGAAGGCUGUAUGUAUAUACCGUAUAUAGAGGUGAUUGAUAUUAAUGAGCAUAUAUUCAAAUGACAUUCCAUUUUUGAUGAGGUGAAAUAGAUACACAUCUCUUCUGUCUUUUUAAAUCGCAUUGCUGACUGUCUCCGGUACCGUGAAAUAAAGGUAAAAACUGGUUUAAAUCCAAACAAAUGAGAAAUUAUUGGUUAGACAGUACAUGCCCCUGCCUAGGGAGAUAAGUAACUUGGUGUCACCUUACACGUUUCCUACAAUGCAGUUCUAAGUCUGGGGGUCACAUUCGGAUGCUACAUGCCCAUCUAGGAUCUUAUUAUACACUCGUCCAGCAGGUUCAAAUUUAUAUGUAUGGCUCAGAAUGGGUUAAAAGAAUAAAAUGAGCAUUGCUGUCCUCCCUGAUCUCUUGUUGCUGACACUUUCGGGGUCCUUGCUUGCUGCUUCCUGAUACUGGGUUGACACACAGGAAAUGGCUGCUCAGCCAAUCACUGGCCACAGGGGUGACACACCUCAGCCACUGAUUGGCUGAUCAGGCAUUUCCUGGGUGUCGAGACGGGACAGGAAGCAUCGGAGCAGCAGGGGAUCAAGUGGGUAUUUUUUUUAACCUAUUCUGCAUCUUACAUAAAAAAUUUUGAUCCUUACAGACAACCCCUUUAACAUGAACAAUCUCCUAUUAUAUUGAUCAGAUAAGCGGCGCCAAAGGUGCCUGAGAGCGUCACCAUAUUAAAAUGACCUGCAGCUUUAAGUGAGCCAUCGCUGUUGAGCAGCGGCACUGAUAAGCAUUGAUAAGAGAGUGAUAUUUCUAGGGUGCCCAUACACCUUAGGUUCGGAGCCAGCCAAACGCCCAUUCGCCGACUGCUAUUCUUCCUGAACACCCGGAGAAUCCACGUGUAGUGACGAGCUGGUAGCUCGCCAGUGGAAUUCAUGAUCAUUGUUUGAACCUGCUCAGGGCAUAAAUUCAUUUCUAAAAUAUGUUUCAUUAUUGCAAGUUCUUUCUAGAUUUCCUCCGCAGCCAGCAGGGAUUUUUUUUAAAACACUUAAUUUUUUUGGCAGCUCGCCUUUACAUAGGACUUCUUGAACUAGAGCUAUAUACCGGUAUGUUGUUGUACCCAACACUAGUGGCUUAGAUGUGUGUAUGUCUCUGAUCGGGAACAGAAGGACAGUUAGCCAGUCGGAUCCUGGCAGUGAUGACAUCAGCAGGAUUUUGCUUUUUGUGUGCCGAUUUUGUUGGGGAAAGUGACCUGUUCACUCUUGUAAUGAUGUUAAUAAGGAUCGGAGAAAUGUGAAGGGACCAGUGUCUUGAUGUGAGGAAGGGAAUGGGGCAAGUUGGAGGCCACAGACAUGGUUUCCAGCAGCCAAUCGGAUCCUGGAAAUUAUGACCGCAGCAGGAAAGAAAUGUGCUGAUUUUUCAGGGUAAAGUGACCUGUUCACUCUUGUGAUGAUGUUAGUAAGGAUCAGAGAGAUGUGAUGGGACCAGUGUCUUGGUGUGAGGAAAGGAAUUGGGACUAGCGGGAGGCCACAGGUAUUGGAUCCUAAAUAUGAUGACAUCUGCAGGAGAGGAAUGUGCUGAUUUUGUGGGGGAAAGUGACCAUUCCACUCCUUGUGAUUAUGACGGUGAGAAUGGAGGGAUAUGAUGGACAGUAUCAUGGGAGGACAAUGAUGGAAGCCAGGGACAAAUUGAGGAGAAGGGCGUCUGGUCCCCAACAGCACAGAGUAUUUAAAGAGGGACGUGCUAAAGAAGGUAGUGAGAAUGGGGAGAUGUAUAGUAAAAAGAGUGAGGUCUUUUGAACCCCAGGAAGGGGCACCAAGAAUGGAGACAAGUAGGAAGCCACAGACCGAUUGCUGAUGUGAUAUAUCCUAAACUGAUUAACCCAUAGUGCAAAUAAAACUCUACGUAUAUUAUAAAGGUCUGUGUAAAUAUAACUUGUCCUACACGUUGCAUUGUCAUGUUUUCAUCAUACUUAUCUAGUAACAAAUCAGAAUAUAUAACGUGAUUUUGAUUAUUUAAUUCCUCAGUGACACCAUUCCUGAUAUUCUAGUGUAACCUCCUCCCUGGUCCCCUUUUCAGUUAAAUCCUGUUUAGUUGUCAAACAGUUCUGCCAGUCUUCUGCCAGUCUUCAGCAACCUAUGGCUCUCCACCUGCUGUGUCCAUCAUGCCCUGACUGGCAUCGGAAAGGGUAUGUUAGGCGUUUUAGGUAAGAGAGACGCUGGUUGGGGAACACUGGUGUAGAAACUCCGGUCCAAGAAAACCAAUGGUGGAUCUCGAUCUGAAGCUGCUGGUGGAGUGAUAACCUUGCACACCAUUGACCACUUCUGACCAUCAGGCAACCAAGUGAAUGCCUUUCAAUGGAUACCCUCACAAUCUCAACUGGGGAAGUUCACCAAGUCUUUCCCAGUGGCCGAGACACCUGAGGUUCUCUAAAUUAUUACCAGCCAUGAUCUUACUUAGGUUAAAGAGACCAACCCUGUAUGGAGACUUACUGGAAGUGCUCCAAAGGAAAACAAUAUGCAAAGACAUGACAAUGUCUUGAUCUUAAAAUAUGUUCCAAAGGAUUCUUGGCAACCAUCACCACAUCCAAGAUGUCUUCUACAAUCGGAGGCCAUCAUUAGGAAGAGGAAAAAUGUGGUCAGAAGAAAACCACUAGUAGCUUCCUUCAAGCUAGUAAGGGGUCACCUGCAACAAAUCUGCAUAUUUAGACUUUUUUGUCUAAAUAUUUGGGUUUGUGCUAUCUGGGUUUGCAGCCGAGAUGGUGUUUUUCUUAGCAUGGCCUCAUCCGCCGGACUGACACCCAUCUGGAUAACCUGGAGCGGACAGUGGCUUUGAACUUAUCUAGUUGUUUCUGCCCAUAAUAGUGGUGCCAGAUGAUGAUCUUCUCCAUAUAUAGAAUAAAACUGCCCAUUUUAAUGAACCAAAUAUCCAUCUUAAUGGGGUACAUGGACAGCUAAUGCCUUAUGUCUAUGACUGGCUCCACCAUAUGGUCUCACUUCAUAUAUUCUCAUGUCUAGGACCACACCAUUUUGGUGACAACUUGGCUCUGCCCAGGAUAGAAAACCAAUAGAAAUGGUCAGACUUAAAAUACAACGGGAACUUGACAGAAAUUUUCAUUCUACAAUUAUCAAGCCUUAUCCUUAUUGGCUUCGUACAGGAGGUCCUCAGGGUGACAUUAUGUGACGAGUGGAGAUUUCCUUUAAAUAUUUUUGUCAUUUCAUCUCCAUGUACAAAACUGUUACCUUGUAUAGCAUUUUCUGUGACUGUGCCAUUAUAUAUAUAUAUAUGUGUGUGUGUUAAUGUGUUCAGGAUUAGAAAAACAUGGCGUCUUUCUUCCCUGCCCAUGUGUUGUGCCUGGUCUUGCUGCUCAAAGUACAUGGGACUGAGCUGCAAUACCACACACAACCUGUAGACAGGUGUGGCAAUGUUUCUAGACAGUGGACAUGGUUUUCUAACCCUGGACAAUUCCUUUUAAUUUUAAUUUUUUAUUUUUUUAAUAAAUGAUAAUCGGACACAUAAAAAGUUAGCAUAAGACCCCAGUCACAUGAAAUGUUCCUCCAGAUCUACAAUCAGUCAGUUCUAACCUGAAACGCUACUGCUAUAAACUGUUUUGCCUAUUUCACCCAGUUUCCUGUUAAAGCAUGUGUAAUGAGGAUUUUUCAAGAAAAGGAAAAUAUCUUUAAAAAAAAAAGUUAAAAAAAACGUAUAUUUUAUUGCUCGUUUUGUACUAAACCUGUUGCUGCAAAUAUGAAAUAAAAAGAAAAAAAAAACAUCCUGCAGUGCGUUGUGUUGUAGGCCACUGCUGGCAGCAAAGAGUUAAAAUGGAGUUUUCAUUGCUGAUACUUCUGUUUUAGACUUUGCGUUCUUUGUAUCUGUACAUAUAUGUAUAAAAUGAUGUUUUUCUGGA